AUGGCCACCACAAUCAACGCGCUCAUCACCACCUUCCCCGGCCUCCCCAACCUGACCCUCCCCCUCCCCUCCACCACAAAGAUCCACACCCUCCACACCCACCUCACCACCCUCCUCCCCUCCACCCCCCACCGCCUCCUCCUCUCCACCACAUCCGGCACCCCUCUCUCCCCCUCUUCAAGCCUCCCCCUCUCAUCCCUCACCAACGGCCAUGCCCUCCUCCCCCUCCGCCUCACGCUCGCCCUCCCCGGCGGCAAAGGAGGCUUCGGCUCGCAGCUCCGCGCCGCCGGCGGCCGCAUGAGCUCGCGCAAGAAGCGCGGCCAGCAAGAAAACAACGACUCGUGCCGCAACCUCGACGGGCGGCGCAUGCGCACCGUCAAGGAGGCCAAAGCGCUCGCGGCCUACCUCGAGAUCAAGCCGGACAUGGAGCGGCAGGAGCGGGAGCGCCGGCGUGAGCGCGCAAUGAAGGUGAUUGAGGCGGCGGAGCGCAAGGAGGAGGGGAAGGGGAGGCGGUUUGAGGAUGUAAAGUGGCUGGAGGAGACGGAGGAGGAGAGGGAGCGGACGAGGGGCGCGGUGGAGAGGGCGAUGAGGGAGGGGUUUACGGAUCGGGUGUUUGCGGAGGGGAGCUCGGGGAGUGGGAGUGAUGAGAGUGAUGGGGAGGGGGAGGGGGAGGGGAGGGGAGUGGGAGUGGGGGGAGAAGAAGAAGGUGGUGCCGAGGAGGAGGAUGACGAGGAUAAGGGGAUGGAGGAUAUCCAAGAGGAAGACGAGGAAGAAGAGGAGGAGUGUGAGGGCAAGGGAAAGGGAAAGGGAAGGGCCUAA